AUGGCAUUCAAUUUUCAAACCAUAUCAUCCAAUAUCUUCAAUGGCCUCUCGGCAGAUUUCCGAAAAAAGAACUUCUCCGUGUACGGCCAAUGGAUCUCCAUCUUCACCAUCUUCGUCUGUAUUGCGCUUGGUGUGGCCAACAUUUUCCACGUCAACUUGGUGAUUAUUUUCUCCAUCAUCUGUCUUGUGCAAGCGUUGGUCGUCUUAUUUGUGGAGAUUCCAUUUUUGUUGAGAAUCUGUCCGUUGACUGACACUUUCACCAAUUUCGUACGCAAGUUCGACGACAAUUGGCCACGUUGUGGAUUUUACUUGCUUAUGAGUGUUAUUCAAUGGUUGAGUUUGCUCUGUAUGGCCACAUCUUUGCUUGCCGUGGCUGUUCUUUUCCUUUUGUCUAGUGGUUGUUAUCUUAUGGCUGCACUUAAACAUCAGGAAUAUCUUAAGAGUUCUUUUGAUGUCGCUGGUCUGGGAACCGAUCUUGAGAGCCAGGCUGCGGGCCAUGUUGUGCGGAAUGUUUUGUAG